AUGCUUAACAAAAGUGGUAGUGAUACUAAUAAUCCACCAAAAAGUGAAAAUGUGAAUGUGUCGUGCUGGAACUGUGUCAUGUUUCAAAAUGACGAAGACUAUGGUACAGAAGUAUCUUUGUCCCAAAUUCGAAAACAAAAUAGGCAGCGAUUUAAGCUGUAUUCAGCUUUGGCGUCGGAAAUAUCACGACCAAAAGCUAUGCCUAUCACACAGAAAGUGAAAGAAAAUUAUGUUACUGCUAAGAUAAUGGAGAAGAAAUUAAUGAAUCACACUAAAAAUACAGUAAGUGAGAAUAAAAAAGUUUCAAAUGAGGAUCCUAUUCCUGUCAAACCGUCAAACAUUGAAAUACCAGGGAUUAAACCUACGGAUUUUACCGAUCUUGUUACUAAAGAGGAAGAAAAAGACAACGAUUCUAUUAUCAUAAAUACUAGUCUUAUUGAAACUUCAACUCCAAAAACAGAUAAGAAAACGAGAGACGAUAGUUUUUCUUCUUCUCAUUACACCAAAGAGGAACAGAGUUCGACUUUUGAAAAUAAGGAAAACGUAACUGAUGCUCAGAAAACAGCAUUAUUUGAGAUAGAUAGUAAAGCUCUCAUAAGCGAAAGUACAAAUUCCAUAAACUCAAGACAUUCAGAUGUCAGAAAAAAAACUUCUUGCCAAGAUUUAGUUGACAAUGAGUUGGCUUCAAAUGACCAAGAUUUCAAAACCUCACUUCCGGCACUGAAUAUAACUCAGAAAAGAAAUAUCUUAAAGUCCACGAAGUCCUUAAGUGUCGUGAAUGAAACAAAUGUGAGGCCCUCGAAAUGUUUGCGUUGGAGUACACUAGAUAUGCCACGUGGACAGAACUCAACUACCAAUUGUAGUAAGUUAUUUUCAUUUUAA